UGCCCACCUCUCACCCUCAGGGGUCUCGCGGGGCAUCAGCCCUUGGAGUUGAGAUGGAGACCAGUGCUGCCUCUGAGCACAUUUCUGCUUUGAGCCAGUGUGACGUGAUUCUCAUGGAUUUGUCUUUAGGCUUUCCUACUUGCUUUUAAAGAAGCAAACAAAGGGGUAACAUUAUAGUAUUUGUGAGAAGCUGGGGUCUCCAUGGGCAUUGUGAUCCAGGUAGUGGAUUAGGAGGCCAGAAGGAGAUCCCUUCCAGGGUGCUAGGCCGAGAUGGAUCCACUCAGGGCCCAACAGCUGGCUGCAGAGCAGGAGAUGGAGAUCAUGGCCAGUAUGUACAACAGAAUGACCAGUGCCUGCCACUGGAGGUGUGUGUCUCCUCACUACAAGGAAGCAGAGCUGUCCAAGGGCGAGUCUUUGUGCCUGGACCGAUGUGUGUCUAAGUACCUGGACAUCCAUGAGUGGAUGGGCAAAAAGUUGACAGAGUUGUCUAUGCAGGAUGAAGAGCUGAUGAAGAGGGUGCAGCAGAGCUUUGGGCCCGCGUGAGGUCCCAGUCAGUAUACACCUUGGGCUACACCCCACCCCUCCCCACUUGAAUAAAAGUGCCCCCUGUUGGGUGUCAUCUGUGAA